AUGGGCAAGAAGAAGAGAGGUCACCCUGAUGUCGAAGAGAUCCUUGCGCGUCCUUGGUGCUACUACUGUGAGCGCGACUUCGACGACCUGAAGAUCUUGAUAAACCACCAAAAAGCCAAGCAUUUCAAGUGCGAACGAUGCGGUCGCCGGCUCAUGACGGCUGGAGGUUUGAACGUCCAUAUGACCCAGGUCCACAAAGAGACCUUGACUCAGGUCGAGAAUGCGCUUGCCAACCGAUCUGGUCUCGACUAUGAAAUCUUCGGUAUGGAGGGAAUUCCGGAAGACGUCUUGCAGGCGCACAACCAACGCGUGCUCCAACAGUACUACGAACAGCAGGCGGAGCGUCGCGCUGCGACCGGCAACCCACCACCUGGGACAGGCACGUCCAACGCGGGCAACAACGGGCCUAAGAAACCAAAGCUUGAGCCGAAAGAGAGUUUGAAGGCACGCUUGGCGGCCCAUAAGGCGAAGAAGGCUGCCGAAGCUGCUGGCGAAAGCAGUGGAGACGUCACCCCUGUUGCGGCUCAAAGCCCUGCUGCUUUUCCGCAGGCCGUUUCGCCAGGCUACCAUCAGCCUCAGAUGCCGUAUUCUGCUCCCCAAGGCAGUCCGCCUCAGGCUGCGUACGUCCAGCCGUAUGGUCAGCCUUCUUACCCCGCGCAGUCGUCACCAUUUUCUCAACAGCCCCCAUACGCUCAACAGCCACCCUUCCCGGCUCAGCAGGGUUACGGUGCUCCGCCAUAUCCCGCGCCUGGAGCUGCUCCCUUUUCGCCAACCGGGCAACAAUAUCCCCAGCCCGCUGCCUCUCCCUACCAGGCGUCAUUCCCGGGCGGCCCUCCCCGUCAGCCGGGCUCUGGUUCGCCUUCGGUUCCCUACCCGUACGGCGCGCACCAACCGCCUCCCAGUCGCACUCCUCCGAACAAUGCACCGGGUCAACAGAGACAAGGAAGCUUGCCGGCCGCGCCUGGUCUUCCGUCGCGCCCGGCGUUCGCUGCUCCACAGGUGAAUGCGUUCCAAAUGCAACAGAUGCAUCAGGGCCACGUUCCACCCCCAGCAAAUGGUCCGCCUGGUGGGUUCGCCAAUGGUCCUGCGCAGACCAACGGCCAUGGCCAGCCACCAGCGCAAGAGUCCAUUCCAGGCCUCGAGGCGUCUGUUGAUGAGCUCAUAUCAAGCGCAGGCCAACAAGCUGCCGCCCCGAAGGAAGAAACAGCCGAGCAAGCCGACAAGAAGGCGAAGAAGAAGGAUGAUAAGAACAUUAACUUGGUUUACUCCGACAACCAUGUAAGUCCUGAGGAAAAAAUGGCCCAGCUACCUAGGUACGCAUUCGACCCCGCCGUCAGGAUCAAGGACGAGCGAGUCGUCGGUGCGGUGGAGCCUGCUGUUACCGGCAUCACCACCGGUCCUGGUGAUGUGAUCGACCGCACAGAGUAG